CCCAGAAGCCAGCUGGCUGGCCCUGCCCUGCCCUACUGGAGGCACCAUCUCUGGUGAGCGUGGGCAAGUCUGCCCCUUAUGCCAUGGCCCCCUGCUUGUUCCCUUAUCACCAGAGAUCUGGACUGGGUUCAAGAGUUGGGUGGCCUCAAAGCCCAGGGGCCCAUCUGGAACCUGGCCUAGGAGCCAGGAUGGCCACCCACAAGGCCUUGCUGACGUGCCUGGGACUCCCUCUCUUCUUGCUCUCGGGGGCCCAGGCCCAGAAACCUGCCCCACCAGGCUGUAGCUCAGACCUCAACUCCCUCUAUUACAACCUGUGUGACCGCUCCGGGGCCUGGGGCAUUGUCUUGGAGGCCGUGGCUGGGGCAGGUAUCGUCACUACCUUUGUGCUCACCAUCAUCUUAGUGGCCAGUCUCCCCUUUGUCCAGGACACAAAGAAGAGAAGCCUGCUGGGGACCCAAGUGUUCUUCCUGCUGGGCACCCUGGGCCUCUUCUGCCUUGUGUUUGCCUGUGUGGUGAAGCCCGACUUUUCCACCUGCGCCUCUCGGCAGUUCCUCUUCGGGGUCCUGUUUGCCAUCUGCUUCUCCUGCCUGGCGGCCCAUGUCUUUGCCCUUAACUUCCUGGCCCGGAAGAACCAUGGGCCCCGGGGCUGGAUCAUCUUCACUGUGGCUUUGCUGCUGAGCCUCGUGGAGGUCAUCAUCAACACCGAGUGGCUGAUCCUCACCCUCGUGCGGGGAGCUGGCAAGGUUGGCUCUCCGGGCAACGGCAGUGCUGACUGGGCCGCAGCCUCCCGCUGUACCAUCGCCAAUGUGGACUUUGUCAUGGCGCUCAUCUACGUGAUGCUGCUGCUUCUGGGGACCUUCAUGGGAGCCUGGCCUCCCCUGUGUGGCCGCUUUAAGCGGUGGCGUAAGCACGGUGUCUUUGUGCUGCUUGCCACAGCCACCUCCAUUGCUAUCUGGGUAGUGUGGAUUGUCAUGUACACCUACGGUAACCAGCAACACAACAGCCCCGCCUGGGAUGACCCCACGCUGGCCAUUGCCCUGGCGGCCAAUGCCUGGGCUUUUGUUCUCUUCUACGUCAUCCCCGAGAUCUCCCAGGUGACCAAGGCCAGCCCAGAGCAGAGCUACCAGGGAGACAUGUACCCCACCCGGGGCGUGGGUUAUGAGACCAUCCUGAAAGAACAGACGGGCCAGAGCAUGUUCGUGGAGAACAAGGCCUUCUCCAUGGAUGAGCCAGCCUCAGCUAAGAGGCCUGUGUCACCUUACAGCGGCUACAAUGGGCAGCUGCUGACCAGCGUGUAUCAGCCCACCGAGAUGGCCCUGAUGCACAAAGGCCCGACCGAAGGCCCUUACGACGUCAUCCUCCCCCGGGCCACUGCUAACAGCCAGGUGAUGGGCAGUGCCAACUCGACCCUGCGGGCUGAAGACAUGUACAUCAUCCAGAGCCACCAGGCAGCCACGCCAAACAAAGACGGCAAGAACUCUCAGGCUCAGUCUCCACAAACUAAAACGAGAUGGUAGAUGUCCUCUUCCCUGGACCUCACAGCAUCCUGGUGUCCUCACUCCUCGGGGGCCAGGCUGGGCAGAGCCCAGUACUUUUCGUGUGUCCUUGUCAUUGGAGCUGGGAGGGACCGGAUGCCACCAACCUGCUGAAGUGGACAGAAUGGAGGCCUGUGAAGGCCUGAGACAUGUGACUGGGCCUCUUAGGGCCACCUCUUUUCUGCCUGGCCCUGCCACCACAGCUAAAAGGAGCUGCCUGCAGACUCCUCACUCCCUCUGAUACCCCUUGCAUAUCACAGCCCCCAUGUCCAUGUCUCUAGACAACCACUCUGCUGUGAGCAGCAGGCCUCAGCUCCCCAUCUUGACACUGGACCCUUGUGGCCUGGCCAUCUUGGUGCCCAGCAUCAGCUCAUCCUACUCUGCACUUGGUGGAUCACCUGCAUGAGGCUUUGAAGCCCAGCCAUGGUAGAAGUCAUGCCUUGCCCUUCUCUUCAGGGUCGUUUGCUACCACCCGGACCAUGGAAGGCCACUGAGCAGGCCGAACAGGUGCUGCUUCUCUUCCUGGCCUGUGGGUCCAGGUCUAAGCCUCUGACUCUGGCCAGGCCUCCCUUGGGUCCACUACUAAGCCAGCGUCAACCUGUCCUCCACCUCACCAGCUGGCCCCAACCAGGGAAGCUCUCAUCAUGCAGAGACACCCCAUGGAGCACCCCACAGAGGAGCUGGGGAGUUGGUAGUGCACAGUGACCUUAGGAGCUCAGCACCACUUCUGUGGCUCCGUCCUUCUUGCUGGUGUCUUUGCUCUUCUCAGCCAGCUGGGAAGAUGGUUCUUGACAGGUAGAAGUGUAGAUGCCCCUGAGUUAACCUGGAUCUCACAGGUUCUGGGGAGCAGUGGGGGCCUGGCGUGGCUUCCUGGCCACCUGGCUAGGGCCUAGAGGCAUCUUUAGGAGACACAGGGUAGGGAUCAGGGCUGCUUUCUCAGGAACCAGGCCCCUACUGUGACUGAAACUCACAGGAUGUUUGGAAGCCCCCUAAAAAGUGGGGUCCAUCCCUGAAGACUGCUGGUUCUGAUUGGCAGAUGUCUUAAGCUCCUACCUCACCUUGGGCAUCCGGACAUGCUGGUGCUACCUUCGUCACUGGAUGGUUCUGAUGGCAGCCAGGGGAGAGGGGCCAUUCUCAGGACCUGCAUGACGCUGGCACCAAGGACAGAGAUGGGCACAGCUCUAGACUCUUGGGACUCAGGUCUGCACAGUAUCUCUUCCCUUUGUCCUGUCCUUGGGUACCAAACAGAGCUGGCUCCUCCACGGGGGGCUGGGUGUGCCCUGGAGCUAAGCCCCAGCCCAGUAUUGUCUCUGAGUGCAGAGUGGGAGGUGAGGACAAGCAGCUUUGCAGGCAGGGCCCUUCAGUCAGCCCACGUCUGCAGUGCCACCCUCCUAUCUCUGACAGCCUGUGUCUCUCUCACUGGAAUAGUUUUGCAGAUCUAAACUGAGUGAACAGUUCCCAUGAACAGGACUGCACCCUACCUGCCUUCCUCCAUUGUAUGUGGUUGCUCCGUUCCACAAACAGUUCAAGGAUUUGUCUGUAUUUACGUAAAGGAACAAGACAUGCCACACCAGUCUCUAGAUGAGUGACACCAAGGUCCCUUACAGUGAGCAGAGGUGUGACCUUGCUGUUCCAGAGUCCCUGGCUGCAGGUGGCCUGGGAUGAAGCCUGCUAUGGAUGUGGGUGUGUUUAUAGCUUGAGUCCUCUGGAAUCUGUGGGUAUAUUCAGAGGGAUGAGCUCCUAGAAUACACAUCUGCCCAGAUUCCAGAGUGUCCACUGGUCUUGCAUCUCCUAGUUCUGGGCUGAGGGAAAAACAUAAAUGAAUUUUAUUUUAGUUUAGUUUACUUUUGUUUUGAGAUGGGGUUUUACUCUGUAGUUCAGGCAGGCCUUGAACUCAAAACAAUCCUCCUGCCUCAGCCUCCUGAGUGUUGAGACUAUAGGCGUGCAGCAUCGCACCUGGCAAUAGGUGUGUUUUAGGAAAAGAGAUUCUUUGUAUUGCACACAAACCUGGAAUGGGAAGAAGUGAGAGCAGGCCAUUUCCUGAAGGUUCUCACCUCAGGACCAGCGCAAGGUAAAUGUGGCCCCACCACAUCAGACCUGGUAGCUAGGAGCGGAGGGAUUUCAGCUUCACAAUUGCACAGAAUUAAACGACUGUCCUCCAUUUGUGAGGAGCCACUG